UGUGUGAUUUCAAUGAGGAUAAAUGAACUACUUUCGACAAGCAGAUACAAUAUGGAAUGGAAUGAUGUGAACAUGAGAUGGAAUGUGUCAGAUUAUGGGGGAGUGAGAGACCUCAGGAUCCCACCACACAGACUUUGGAAGCCUGACGUUCUCAUGUAUAACAGCGCGGACGAAGGGUUCGACGGCACUUAUCCGACGAACGUCGUUGUGAAGAACAAUGGGACCUGCUUAUACGUGCCGCCCGGCAUAUUCAAGAGCACUUGCAAGAUAGACAUUACCUGGUUCCCCUUUGACGAUCAACGCUGCGAGAUGAAAUUCGGCUCCUGGACGUACGACGGCUUUCAGUUGGACCUGCAACUGCAAGACGAAGCCGGAGGUGACAUCAGCAGUUUCAUCACUAACGGCGAGUGGGAUCUGUUAGGGGUGCCCGGUAAAAGAAACGAAAUUUAUUACAAUUGCUGCCCAGAACCGUAUAUAGAUAUAACGUUCGUGGUGAUCAUCAGAAGGCGGACUCUUUACUAUUUCUUCAACCUGAUCGUGCCGUGUGUCCUGAUUGCCAGCAUGGCCGUUCUGGGAUUCACCUUGCCACCCGAUUCCGGCGAGAAACUAUCUCUAGGGGUAACCAUCCUCUUGUCCCUCACUGUGUUCCUGAAUAUGGUGGCCGAGACAAUGCCAGCGACUUCGGACGCCGUGCCUCUGCUGGGAACGUACUUCAACUGUAUUAUGUUUAUGGUGGCCAGCAGUGUAGUCAGCACCAUUCUUAUUUUAAAUUAUCAUCAUCGGAAUGCUGACACUCACGAAAUGUCUGAAUGGGUGAAAGUGGUAUUCCUUUAUUGGCUGCCUUGUAUACUUCGUAUGUCACGACCAAGUGAUAAGGAGGAGAGGGAGGCGCAAAAAUCUCAAAAACCGUCUCCAGUCACCGGUGCCAGCAAGAGUCACGGUGACCUGGAGCUUCGUCAAAGGAGCAGCAAGUCCCUCCUAGCGAAUGUCCUGGACCUCGAGGACAACGCUCUGGCGUCCCACAAUAAUCUGUUGAACAACGUGUACAGUACCCCUGGCCCCCACCAUCACACGAUGGGCCACGGGCACAGUCACAUACACGCGACCCCCCAUCAUCAUCACAGCCACGCUGCAACGCCGCAUCAUCAACACUCAACGCCACUGGCACACUCCUCUUAUCCGGCAGCGAUUCAGAUUGGUCACACGCCGCAUCAUCAUCCGCAUCCGCCAGAGACGCCUGGCCCUCAGGUCGAAACGAUACUUCAAAACGCGUGUUUCUGCGCCCGAAACGAGCUCAUGAUGAUCCUCAAAGAGAUUAAGAUAAUCACGGAUCAGCUGAAAAGCGAGGAGUUGAACACGAAGGUGACGAACGACUGGAAGUUCGCGGCGAUGGUGAUCGACAGAAUGUGCCUAAUCAUUUUUACUCUGUUCACCAUCAUCGCAACCAUCACCGUCCUACUGUCGGCGCCACACAUCAUCGUCACGUGAUUCAGAUAUGCUCAGACAACCGGCUUGACCGAGUCGGUGGUCGACGACGAGGAUCGUGUGUUGCGCAUCGGUGCGGACGGCGAGGGACGCGAACAGGACAGAGACGAUUACGAUGACGAUUACGAUUACCACGACUGUAACCACGUAUGGAUCCAAGCUAGGGAAAUUCGAGCAACGUUCAUAACCUGGAUGUCUCUCCUACGCUUAGGCAUGCAGCUGAUCGGGGUUUCUCAAACCUCAGGAUCGUGUGUUACGCCUCGUUUCGGGUGAUCCGCACCGUGAUAGGAAGAAAACGAUGCGAGGACACUAGGCUCUUCGUAUUCUUUAUGAUAUACAUACUAUACAUACAUAUAUAUAUAUAUUAUAAAUAAUAUACAUAAAGAUAAGAGAUAUGUAUAUAUCUCGUCAUGUAGUUCAUUCGAAGAGGACGCCUUAGCGAGACACGUUGAAAAUGCGCCUACAUAACAGGCGCGUUAAAAGGAAACACUGACACAUACACGUACACGCAUACAUACACGCAUAUACGAACACGCAUGCAGGCCACGCCGAGGUAUCUGCAUCCCUGGCAUUCGUUGUGAUGAUAGGGGGUGGAAGGGGAUCGAAUUCCUCUCUCUCUCGGUUGACGCGAUUUUUCACUCGAAGAUAGCCAGCUGCCUGUUGGCGAAUGUAAAUUUCAUUUUCUAGCUUUUAUUGUGAUUUUAUUGUGAAUUUGUUAUCGAGUUGAUUCGAUGUUUGUUGUACGUGUAAUUUUUAAGCGUAGGACGAUAUCGAGGUUCUAAUAAUAAACGUCGAAAUUCUUUGUAAUUCGAAACUCUUGUUCAAUAGAAGGCAUUUUAUGAUAUUGAAUUUGUUUUUAUUAUAAUUUAUAUAGCGAUUUUAAUUGGUAUUGAUGUAAUGAAAGUGUUUGAAGAAGGAGAUUCCAAAUAUCAAAAUUGAUUAAGAUUUUACUUCUUGGUAAAAUAAAUAUAUUUCUUAAAGGAAAAGAGAAAAGAGAAAACCAUCGUUAAAUUUCGGAUUCGAUCCAUCAUUAUUUUUAUCUUAUUCUUGUUUUCCUUUAUGAAAUGCCAACAAGUUUAAUCAUCACUUCUUAACGAUAUAUAUAUAAAUCUAUAAUUGUUAUCAAUAUAACAAUUGAUAUUUCGAGAAGAAUAAGAUAUAAAUUACGAUUACGUUUAAUCAAUAUACUAUAAUAAAUUAAAUUUUUACAAAUCAAAUAUACUCGCCCUUGAAACUAACGUGUUGAAACCGUUUUUUAUUCGUUGAAAACUGCCCCCUAGAAUAGAAUACAACUAAAAAGCAAAGGAUCAUCUCGUCUUCGAAAUUCGUUUCAAUAAAC